AGAAUAUAUAAUUGAAUGUGACAGAAUUGAAAAUGCCGUUCAAUAAAGAAAAGUUUCAGAGAAAAGUGUCGGAAAUUUUCAUUCACAUAUCGGGAAAGGGAAACCAACAACUUACCACUGAAAAGUCAAACUUAACUUCAUGUUCUUCAGAAAUUAAAGAAACAAAAAUAUUUGGAUACUACACAGAGAAUCAAAUGAAGCGGCCACGAUGUCUUCGACGUCUAACGUUAGUUCCAUUUAAACAAAUGACCAAAGAAAAUAUCGAGAUACGACAACUUGUUCAACAAGGAUUCGUCCUAAUCAUGUCCAUCUGUCAAUUGAAAUAUGCUGAUACACUCCAAACUGAGAGUUGGUAUUUUCUGAAUGGAAGUAUUCUAUAUUGCUCGUUGUAUAUUUGUCUCCAUAAAAUUGAUGCUACAUUCUCAGAAACCGACAUUUUCAUAUUUUUGCGUCGGAUUUAUUAUGCACUAGAAUAUCUCCAUCAAAAUGGUUUUAUACACAGAAAUAUUACAUCUCAUGCUAUUCGGAUUAUGGAUACUUACAGUGUGAAGCUAAGUAAAUUUGAGUACAUGCACGUUAAGGAAACUGAAGUAAAUUGGACCACUGACGAUUCGUGGAGGUGGAUGUCACCAGAGACUCUACUGAGAAAGCAGUCAAGUUUAAAAUCUGAUAUUUUUAGUUUUUGUUGUGUGUGUUUAGAAUAUUUUAGUAAUUGUCUUCCAUGGGAUAAACGUUCACAGCUUUUUGUGAAGAAACAUUACAUCAACGGCAAUAGUUUCCCACAAGAUGACUUUUCUGUCCCAACUGAAAUCAAGGAAUGCUUUAGCAACGGUCUGGCAACUAAAAAGCAUAAAAGAAAAUUCAAUAUUCAUCAAUUAGAAACGGUCAUGAAAUCGAGAGCGAAUUGUACAUUUGAAGCUAAUUUGAACUAUCCUAAUGUUUCGAAAUCGAGAUACUCAAACCAAAUCGAAUUAAACCAGCAGCAAUUAAAAUUAAAGACUCCUUCGAAAAGCAUUCCUACUAAGAAUUUUGCAGUUUUGAAGAAUAGGCAGUCAUGCGAUGGUAAUGCAUCUAACAAUAGUAACAAAACUGGUUUUAAUCGUAUUCAAACAGAUUCAGUAAAAUUUCUAAUCAAGUAUUUUGAAAAUCGUUCAACUCCAAAUGCUAACUCCAGGUAUUUUAAUUCGAAGAACUUACGUCGAAGAACCCUUAGCUCGUGUAAUCAUUCCGCCACUAUGAAUUCUCCAGAAAAACUUCAAGUAAGUAGAGCGACUUUAAUCAUGGAAAGCCCAAGUGAUAAUGUAUAUAUUAGCAACAGAACCAACCAGAAAACUCAAUCACAAAACUUGACUAGUUUAGAAGAAUUACAGACGCCUAAAAAUACUUUACCAGGAAUCCUGAAUGCCAAAAUUAGUCAUUCAGAUAUCGGAGAUCAAACAAAAAGAAUGAAUAGCCUUGUAUAUUUGCGCCGGCAAAGUUGUGUGUCUCAAAAAUUGUCUUUUAAGAAUUCUUCUCCAGAAAACUCGUUUUCGGAAUAUCCUGCAACAGACUGUAACUUUGUGACUGCAUCAACGGAACAUUUUGAUGCUGAGAGGGGUUUCUUUGUAAGCAAAACGUCGACUGCUUCAUCAAUCAGACGCAAGAGUUUCCCAUUAUAUAGUUCUGCGUCCAAAACGCACUACCCGAGACUAAAUAAAGAUUAUAAUCGGAAUUUGAACUUUAAAUAUUCUCAUUCAUUUGACGAAAUCAUUUCUGAACAAAGGCCAGGAACCGGUAAAAUACAGAAAACGGAAACUAACCGAAAGACUUGUGCAUCCAAAGAUUUUGUAAAAUCACAAGUGACUAAAUGGGAGAACCACCCUCGUGAACAUUUAAUUAAAUCGCAAGGAAUUAAUUUGAAAUUGGACUUUAAAUAUGCGAUAGAUAAAGAUAUUCACUUCAAAAUUAAUAGGUGGGAAAACACAAUGAAAAUCUAAGCAAAUGUAUUAGUGGGGAAUCCUGUAAAAUUUGUAAAUUUAUUUUCCAACCCAUUGGUUUUUUUUUUUUUUCAAUCACAUUUUUUUAUUACUAUACUGCACUCGUAUGUUCAUUUUCUCAAUUUAACGUCGUUGUAAAAGCUUAAUAUUCAAGCACAAAGCUCUUAAGUACAAUCUGUUUUAGAAAUAAAUUUAAUCUAUGAAAUAUUUUGAUACAAAUGUUUAUAUUUGAUAUAAAUUCAUGUUUUAACUUAAAUU